AGGUCGAUGCCCCUGACUCAAUAGUCAGGUAUUGCAUGUUUUAAAACUUGCAGCACACAGUGUGCGGUGGCACCCAGGUGGCAAUGGCUGCCCUGGCCCUCCUGGUGCCACUUGAGAGCACUCCACACCUGCACUUCUCUGGGGGUCUGCCUGCCAGCCUGUGGGGGGGGCGGGGAGGGGGGUGUCCCUGACCCCUCCCCCACUUCUGGAUCCCCUCUCAAUCAGAGAGUCUGGGAAGCCUGUGAGGCCUCUCCCAGGCUUAGGACCAACCCAGAGACCCAAGUAUGAGGUGUCCCUGUGGGCCCGAGGCGCCCCCGGAGGAGAGAGUGGAGCAGAAAUCCCUCAGCUCCCCAACAGCUCCUCCUGCUCCCAGCCUGGAACUGGGGAAGAAGCGGAAUGGGGGCGUGGGGUAAGUUGGCUGCGGCAGGCUGGGCUGGGCAGGGCUGGGCUGACCCCUCCCCAGCGGGGCGGGACCCCAGGAGGAGCGAGGGAGCCGAGCCCCAAAGAGGACCAGACACGAAGAGGCGAGAUGGCGGGAACCGGUCUCGGGGCCCGCUUGUACCGGCAGAUCAAGAGACAUCCCGCGCUCAUCCCCAUGAUCGGCUUCAUCGGCCUGGGCAUGGGCAGCGCUGCGCUCUACUUGCUGCGGCUCGCCCUGCGCAGCCCCGACGUCUGCUGGGACCGGAAGAACAACCCGGAGCCCUGGAACCGCCUGAGCCCCAACGACCAGUACAAGUUCCUUGCAGUUUCCACGGAUUAUAAGAAGCUGAAGAAGGACCGGCCAGACUUCUGAGCCUGGCUGGGACGGGUCCAUGCCCUCCACCGACGUCAGCCAGCCUCCUCCUUCCUGCCGCUCAGCCCCCAGCCUCCGGGGCGCCUCUCACCGCCCUGCCCAGCUCCUGCGCACACAGCCCUGGUUCCCACGCCGCAGAGGGGAGGCAGCUCCACCCCACCCUCUUCCCUCGCUCCCUGCAGCGGAAGCACCCCUGACCCUCAGCUGGAGUCCCACGCAGGGGGGAGGGGGUGGGAGAGUCAGGAGGUGGGGCCCCAGAGGGUUGACUCAAAAGGCCCAAGGGGGCCCCCCUGCUAGGCUGCAGGGGCCUGACAGGGUGUGGCGCAGGCUACGUGAGGAGCGUGGCAGACGUGAGCCAGGAGCAGGCA